UACGCCGACUGGGCGGCAAACGGUCCCGGAGACGCGUGUAUUUUUGGGCGGGAGGUAUGCGUUCGUCUGCAACGCUUUGCACCAAAUAAAAACCAUGCAUAACUUUUUUAGCAUAGUGUUGUCAGUGACCUGUUUGAAGCUACUAUUUAUCCCUGCAUAUCGCUCUACAGACUUCGAAGUUCACAGAAAUUGGCUGGCAAUCACGCAUUCAUUGCCUAUUUCAAAAUGGUACUACGAGAGUACAUCUAUUUGGACCCUGGAUUACCCUCCAUUGUUUGCAUGGUUCGAGUAUCUCCUGUCAUUUGGGGCCAAGCUUGCGGACCCAGCAAUGCUCAACGUCUCCAACCUCGACUACGCCAGUUCAGCCACCAUUAUUUAUCAGAGGGCUACCGUCAUUUUGUCAGACUUUGCGUUUGUCUUUGCAGUGUGGGAAUGGAAGAAGCUUCUCCACAAGGAGAGGCUUGCAAAGCAGACUGGGGACCCAUGGUUUGAACCUUUGACAGCUCUGGUGAUGCUGUUUCUUUGGAACCCCGGACUGCUGUUGGUUGACCACAUACAUUUUCAAUAUAAUGGGUUCCUGCACGGGGUUUUGCUCUUGGCAGCUGCUAGGAUAUUUCAGAAUCGUUGCGUGGAAGCAGCUUUAUGGUUUGCAGUACUGCUUAACUUAAAACACAUCUACUUAUAUGUGGCUCCAGCAUUCUUCAUCUACUUGCUUCGCAGCUACUGCUUUGUUCCAGUCCGUAGGGGUUCGACGCUUCCUUUGGGUGACUUCAGCGUAAAAAACUUUGUCAAGCUGGGGUCAGUGGUGUUCCUCGUGUUUGCUGUUUCUUUAGGUCCUUUCGUAUUGAAGGGCCAGACGGGGCAGCUUGUCAGCCGGCUAUUCCCCUUUAAGAGGGGACUCUGCCACGCCUACUGGGCUCCCAAUUUUUGGGCACUCUAUGCAGCAGCGGAUAAGGCGUUGACCAUUCUAGGUCCAAAACUAAAUCUGCCCAUUACGGCCGUCAACAGCACCGCGUCUAUGACUGGCGGACUUGUCCAGGAAUUCGGGUUCUCUGUGCUGCCAGAUGUGGCUCCAGCAGUCACGUUCCUCCUCACUCUCGUUUUCCAACUGCCAGCGCUAUGGAAAGUAUGGAGGCAUCCCCUGGACGUCUGGGUUUUCCUCAGGGCACUGGUCAUGUGUGCCUUCAGCUCCUUUCUGUUCGGAUGGCAUGUCCACGAGAAGGCUGUACUUAUCAUCACAUUGACUGCUACCCCAUUAGCUCUCCUCGGCGCGGGAGAUGCUGGUAUCUUUGUGCUGUUAUCGGCUGUGGGGCACUUUUCUCUCUUUCCACUUUUGUAUAAAGAAGCAGAAACACCGGUCAAGAUUCUGCUUCUGUUGCUGCAUACUGUGUAUGCGUUAAAGGUGCUGAAGAAAAUACACAGAACUGAAUCGGUGCUUCGGAAGGGAGAAGUGGUCUACUUGUGUGGCAUGGGCCUUGUCUACGUUUACGGGCAUUUGAUCCACGCAAGGCUACCCUUUGGGGCCAAACUGCCAUUCCUUCCCCUCAUGCUGAUCUCCGUGUACUGCAGCCUGGGCAUUUUUUACGCGUGGUUUCGUUAUUGGGCUUCCCUCUACGACAUAAACUUUUCUAGUCAGCUUUUAGUCAAGAAGAGAAAAUAAACAUCUGCUCCUUUUGUUGAUA